CUCUCUCUCUCUCCGAAUAUUGAUGCUUAACAUCCUGUAAUAUGUGACAGCAAAUUGAAAAAUCGACUUCGUAGAUUGUGAAUUGAUUCAACAUUUAAAUUAAAUUCCAAGAAAUUCAGGACAUGUCGUCAUAUCGAUGCCUUUAUAUACCUUCACUAGUAGAAGCUUUAUUUUUCCUAUAUCCAUCUAUGGGAAAUCUCGGCAAGAGCGUACUGCAAUGACGUAUAGCUUCUUUGAAAUUGCGGGCUAGUCUUUGGACCUGACAUCAUUUACUCGACGAUUGUCACAUCGUAUCAUCGCCGAUUUCGAAAUGACAGAAUAAUACCCCUUCCUGACAGCCUGACCGGAUUCCCAAGCAUAUCUCGGCACUAUCUGGGCGGAGUUUCCUUAUCAAAAUCACUGGAUAACUGUCUCCACGCUGCUGCCAGCCACCGACUGGUUGCUGCGAGUGGCCGAUUGCUCGUCACCGGCACCGAGGAGUGUGCGUUCGGAAGCUAUCAUCUGGCUGUCAGCCGAUGGUAAACAGUUCUCCGGUAUACACCGCGGUGCGCAGACGUGCGUACGUAUGUAGUGCAACGUAUGCACGUGUGCAUACGCGUGUAUAUGUGGGCGAGCCUAUAGAGAGAGAGAGAGAGAGAGAGAGAGAGAGAGAGAGAGAGAGAGAGAGAUAGGUAGAAAUAAUUGAACAUUCUCGUCUGUCCACGCGCGCUUUAUUUAUUCGUGAAGCGGGGCGACUCCGACAUGAGGACCACCAUCUGACAUUGCAGCCAAAAGCACAUUCACUAUCGUGCUUGUCAUCGCGGUGACGGACCUUUUCAGGUGCAAUCACCGGUGGAGCUCCGAGGAGAUAUGCAAUUGGACAAGCCGUGGAUGCAGCCGAGAGCCGGCAGUGGCGGGGCCCAUCCGGGCGGGACAGGUGACGAUGAGGCCCCGAAAGACCCGGGCGCGCGGAUCACCCAUCAGUCUUACACGGAAAAAGAUUAUGAAGGUCACAGAGCGCACACGGUGUAUGUGGGCGUGCAUUUACCAGGGGAAAGGAGACAUCGUCGACACCAUAAACAUCACCAUUCACAACGGCAGCCGUACCCCUGUGGUAAGGAGGAUGCCGACAACGAUAGACCAAUCACUCCACCAGCCCAGAGAGUGCAGUUUAUCCUUGGCGAGGAAGUCGGUGAUGAUGCACACGAAUCGCAUCCGUUGUUCUCGGAAAUGGAGGAGCUCGUCAAGGAUGGCGAUGAAAUGGAAUGGAAGGAAACAGCGAGAUGGAUCAAGUUCGAGGAAGAUGUUGAAGAAGGUGGCAAUAGGUGGAGCAAACCUCAUGUUGCCACUUUAUCACUGCACUCACUCUUUGAGUUAAGGAGCCUGCUUUUAAACGGGACCGUCAUGCUCGAUAUGGAAGCAGGCAGCUUAGAACAAAUAGCUGAUCUUGUUCUCGAUAAUAUGAUUAAUAAAGAAGUACUGUUAGUCGAAUUACGAGAGAAGGUGAGAGAAGCCCUUCUUGUCCGACAUCGGCAUCAACACGAAAGACGUAAAGACAAUAACAUGUCGAAGUUACCGAUCAUAAGAUCGUUAGCUGAGAUAGGACGCAAUCAUUCCUCCUCAAAGAAUAGCGACUGUUCAUGUGGUAUGCAUGCGUUGUUGACGUCAGAUUUGCAGGAGCGUCGUGAUCCGAAGGAUACUUACGUACCGUCCGUGGCUCGCAGCAGCAGUUGUCCGAACUCGAACAUGGCUCCGCUGUCGAAAGAGGCGAAAGACCUCAAAGGGCCGUACCUUCUGGUUCCAGACGAAUUUGGCAUACCCCACGUGGUGGGAUUCACGACGUGGUUCGCGAUGUGUCCGCUAAAAGUGGAGGAAUCGAAUUCCGCUCCGGCGAUCGCCGGCGCAACAAGUCAGGGCAGUGGAGCAGCGCUGAAUGCUGGUAGCCGCUUCCUUGCGAUACCCGGCAAUCCCGGCCAAGAACCAGGCAGCAACGGCAUGGAUCGGAGUCCCAGCAGCGUGUCUAUCAGCAGAAAUCACAGCUCCUCCGCUUUAGAAAACGGAGACGUUAAUCACAAGGGUAAUACGCACUUUAUGAGAAAAAUACCAGCUGGCGCUGAGGCAAGCAACAUACUCGUAGGUGAAGUCGAUUUUCUCGACAAGACUUUGUCCGCAUUCAUCCGGUUAAGCCAAGCUGGAAUAAUGGGGGAUCUGACAGAAGUUCCUGUUCCGACAAGAUUCAUUUUUGUCCUCUUGGGACCCAUGGGUGGGAUUUCCGGUUUCCAUGAGAUUGGUCGAGCUAUGGCGACCUUGAUGUCCGACGAAGUCUUCCAUGACGUAGCUUACAAGGCAAAAAAUAGAAAUCAUCUCUUAGCUGGUAUUGAUGAGUUCCUAGAUGCCGUGACGGUAUUACCACCCGGUGAAUGGGAUCCAGCAAUCAGAAUAGAACCGCCAGCCGCUAUACCAUCGCAGGAAGUCAGAAAGAGACCCAAAGAGGAAAAGCCUAAGGAAGAGUUCGACGAAGAAGCUGAUGAACAAAAGCUAAGGGAGGAAUCCGGCCUUUCGAGAACCGGUAGACUGUUCGGCGGUCUGAUUAAUGAUGUUAAAAGAAAAGGUCCAUUUUACUUUUCCGAUUUCAAGGAUGCCUUUGCACUUCAAUGCGUCGCGUCUUUUAUUUUCUUGUAUUUCGCCUGCUUGUCACCCAUCAUUACUUUUGGUGGCCUCCUCAGCGAGGCUACCGGAAAAAACAUGGCUGCUAUGGAAUCGCUAGUUUCCGGUUUCGUCUGCGGCAUUGGAUAUGGCUUCUUCUCUGGUCAGCCAUUGACUAUACUUGGUUCCACCGGCCCGGUUCUAGUUUUCGAGACGAUUGUCUACGAAUUCUGCAAAAAAGUCGACUGGAGUUACAUGUCUUUCCGUUUUUGGAUCGGUACAUGGAUGUCCAUGAUUUUGAUGAUUCUCGUGGCUCUUGACGCAAGUGCUUGCGUUUGUUAUAUUACUCGAUUUACGGAGGAAAAUUUUGCCACCCUCAUCGCCUUCAUUUUUAUCUAUAAGGCAAUCGAAAACGUGCUUUCAAUCGGCAAGAAAUAUCCCUUAAACACCUAUUCCAGCGAAACAAUGGACUAUGAUUGCUGGUGCAAACCACCGAAUACCAGUCUGCCAUCCAGUUAUAAUAGUAUGAAUUGGACGAUGUUAGACAAAACAGCUUGCGAGAAUUACAAUGGCACUAUGAUGGGCGAUGGCUGUAACAUACCACAUUAUGUACCCGACGUGUUCCUUAUGUCAAUUAUUCUAUUCAUGGGCACGUUCUUACUAUCAAUAGAACUCAAGGAUUUUAAGAAUGCUUUAUUUUUUCCCUCAAAGGUGAGGCAAGUAGUAAGCGAUUUUGCAGUAAUAAUAGCGAUAUUCUCUAUGAGCACAUUGGAUCAUUUCGUGGGCAUUCCAACACCGAAAUUGGAAGUGCCGGCGGAAUUCAAACCAACAUUGGAAGGACGAGGAUGGAUAAUCUGGCCUUUUGAAGGGAAUCCGUGGUGGAGUGCUAUUGGGGCAUUCCUUCCUGCUUUGUUGGGUACUAUAUUGAUCUUCAUGGAUCAGCAAAUCACGGCCGUUAUUGUUAAUAGAAAAGAGAACAAAUUAAAGAAAGGAUGCGGGUAUCAUCUGGAUCUUUUUGUCCUGUCGAUUUUGAUCGAGAUAUGCUCGGUAAUGGGACUUCCAUGGUUUGUCGCAGCGACAGUCCUCUCUAUAAAUCAUGUAAAUUCAUUGAAAUUAGAAUCCGAGUGCGCCGCGCCGGGCGAGAAGCCACAGUUUUUAGGUGUCCGUGAACAAAGAGUUACUCACAUACUGAUAUUCCUGAUGAUCGGGUGCUCAGUGCUCCUAACACCGAUGCUAAGAAACAUACCGAUGCCAGUGCUGUUCGGUGUCUUCCUGUACAUGGGUGUCGCGUCGCUAAAAGGUCUUCAAUUCUUCGAUAGAAUUCUGAUAAUGCUGAUGCCUGUUAAGUAUCAGCCAGACUACAUGUUCCUUCGCCAGGUUCCGUUGAAACGCGUACACAUGUUCACUGCGAUUCAACUUGCUUGCCUUGCCUGUCUGUGGCUCAUAAAAUCCUUCAGUCAUACUUCUAUUCUGUUUCCUUUAAUGCUCGUGGUAAUGAUUGGCAUACGCAAAUCCCUGGAUUUGAUGUUUACGCAACGCGAGCUGAAAAUCCUCGACGACAUAAUGCCAGAAACAACCAAGAAACACGCUGACGAUCUUCGUAAGCUGGAGAACGGCGAGGAUCACAAUGAAACGACGGGAUAUGGACCUCCUGCAGGGAACAUUCAGAUCUCUUUAGCUAAUGGGAACAUCAUGAAGAUUCCUCUGGCGAGUAUCAAUAUCAGCGAGGAAGUGAAUAAAACUGGUAUCUGGCAACAAGUCAAUGAAGGCAACGAAAAAACAAAACAGUCAAAAUCACUAAUCAAUGUGGGAAAGCAAAAGAAGCAUCCAAAGAAGGACAACUCGUUGAUGGCCGAUGAGACAACGAGGCUGACGACAAUGACCGAAGAGGACGAAGAUGACAGUGGGAUCUCGAUCAAGGUAGAUUUAAUACGAUCCAAGGAAAGCAUCAGUCCUUUAAAAGCAAAUGGUACUACCUCAGCCGAAACUUCCGUUUAACAAGAGGAUAGCAAAAACAAACAAAUGUUAAUGCAAUGUAUCAGUUUCUAUUUCAAAACUUUCAUCUUUAGAACUUUUACUCUGCAAUUUCUUUCUUAUGAAUUGCCAUUUAACCGACAUAACAUAUAUAAGAUGAGAGUCAUAGAUCAUGCCAUUUAAUUCUCAUGAACUUGUACCCUUUUACAAAUGUCUCCUAUCAUUUAUCUAUUACGUUUAAUUAAAUGAUAUUUGUAUUAUAUGUACAAUGCGCAUCGCUCUUCGCGAGUACACUGCAAUUUGUACACAACUGUAAAUGAGAUCUAUCAUUCAUAGUCUCAACUUGUUUGUACAUAAAAACAAUUCAAUUAUUCAAAGAUUCGCCAAUAGUAUUCAAUAAAUUCAAUUGUGAUUUUAUGAAAGUUUUUUUCUCAUCCCCGAUAAAGUAGUAUGUAUUAUUACAAAACAGUCUAUUUUAGUAAUUACUAUU